AGUGUAGCUGCGCCCACAGUAAUUCAAACGCGCAGAGAAGAAAGCCGUGAACUGGUGACAGGACGGUGAAAUGAGAGGAUGGCAACCAAACAGACACACAACGCUUCAUAACUGGAUACCUCUUUGAACUUUGUCUUGAUCUGGUCAGGACUUGCAAUGGACUUUAACGCUGAGGGACCGCAAAGGACGUGUACAAUCAACAGAAGAUAAUCGACAUUUCAACGACAUUGUUAUGAGGGACCGACUGGCUGAUUUGAAUGGGGGCAGGCAAAGUGCCAGUGAAGAUGGGGGUGUCACUGUGUCCAUGGAGAGAGAUGGCUUCAUGCAGGACUUUUUCAGAAAGGUGGAGGAGAUCAGAGGUGUCAUUGGCAAGAUCUCCUCCCUAGUGAAUGAGGUGAAGAAGAAACAUAGUGUGAUCCUUUCAGCCCCCAACCCUGAUGAGAGAACAAAAGAAGAGCUGGAACAAUUUACAGUGGAAAUCAAGAAACAUGCCAAUUUUGUCCGGAACAGCCUCAAAUCAAUGCAACAGAAUCUACCCACAGAUGAACAGAUGAAUCAAGCCUCAGUGGAUGCACGCAUUCAGAAAACACAGUACACUAACUUGUCACGUAAGUUUGUGGAGGUCAUGACACAAUAUAGUGAAGCCCAAGUGCUCUUCAGAGAGAAAAGCAAAAGCAGGAUUCAAAGACAGCUGGAGAUCACUGGAAGAAUUACAACUAAUGAGGAAUUAGAGGAGAUGCUGGAGACCGGAAACCCUUCCAUUUUCAUCUCAGAUAUCAUCUCUGACUCUCAGAUAACUCGUCAGGCCCUUAAUGAGAUCGAGUCUAGACAUAAAGACAUCUUACGGCUGGAGUCCAGCAUUAAAGAACUUCAUGACAUGUUCGUAGACAUGGCAAUGCUUGUUGAGACCCAGGGUGAGAUGAUUGACAACAUUGAAAAGAAUGUAAACAACGCAGUAGAGUAUGUCGGCCAAGCUAAAGUGGAGACCAAGAAAGCUGUGAGGUACCAGACACAGGCCCGUAGGAAAUACAUCAUUCUCGCUCUUAUUGUUUUGGUGGUGCUCGCUGUGAUCGCACUAAUUGUUGGCUUAUCUGUGGGCCUGUCUGUUAAAACCACUACUAACUCCGCCUCCUCCAGUUCUAAUGCAGCCAAUCCUGUCUAAGCGUGGUUUCCAAGAAAUUGGUGUUUGUUGCCAUUUGUGGAUCAGUGUGCAUCAUCAUUCUUCUCAUCAUCAUCCUCAUUGGAGUUUACAGCGAUUAAUCACCAAGAGCAAAACUUUCCUCCCUUUAACAUCCUUGUGCCUUUAAACGAAAGAACGAAUUAAUGUAUUUGCUCUGACUGAAAAUUAAAACGUCGUGCUGUGUACAAUAAUUCAAAAACUGCUCUUAAAUUUAUUACCAAUGAAUUGUGUAGAAGAUGGUGCUGAUUUAUAGUCAAAGACUUUUCUUUUUGACUUGCAUGCUUUGCCAUUUCACUACAACAACCUGAGGUAAUUUUCUGUCUUUUUAUAUAUUAAAUGCUGGUUGAAUAAAUUUUGCACAAUUGAGUUAUGUUUUGUAAUAA